AUGACGGUCAAGCUGGACUUUGAAGAGUGUCUCAAAGACUCCCCCCGCUUCAGGAGCCUGGGUGUUCACUUCUCCAAAGUACGUUCCCUCACUCUUGACUCCUGGGAGCCAGAGCUCAUUAAGCUGAUGUGUGAGUUAGGAAACACAGCCAUCAACAGGAUCUACGAGGCGCGUAUUGACGUGAUCACGAUCAAGAAGCCACACCCCUCCAGUCCCAGAGGGGAUAAGGAGUCAUGGAUCCGGUCAAAGUACGUGGACAAGAAGUUUAUCCAAAAGCUGCCGGAGACGGGUCGUAACCCUCUGCUCAGGCGUUCCAGUGCCCGAAGGAACAGGGCCCCGACCCAAGACCGGACCGCUCAACGGCCGGCCCUCAAACCCAAACCUGGCCGCGCAACUCUGCCCCGGCUUGCAGGACUUAGCCCCAGUGAUGUGGAAAAGAACAAUGCUGGUUUUCAUAAAGAUGGGGCGGAGGAUGAGGAGGAUCUCAGCGGACUCCACCCUGGGGCGCUGCUGUAUCGCUCGGCGGCGCUGCAGCACUUCCCCGUCAUGGCCGACGCGCUGGCCCACGGCGCCGACGUCAACUGGGUGAACGUCGCCGAGGAGUCCAGCACCCCGCUAAUACAGGCUGUCUCUGCGAAUUCCUUGGCAGCCUGCGAGUUUCUGCUGCAAAACGGCGCCAACGUCAACCAAGCAGACAGCGCCGGGAGGGGACCGCUGCACCACGCCACCAUCCUGGGUCACACAGGGCUGGUGUGUCUGUUCUUGAAGCGAGGAGCAGACUACAAUGCCAGAGACAAGAACGACAAAGACCCCAUCACUAUUGCCGUGGACAACGCCAAUGCCGACAUCGUCACGCUGCUGCGGAUCGCCAAGAUGAACAAGGAGAUGCGAGAGAUGGACGGAGCGUUCGGCCAAUCAGGUGAUGAGACCUAUCACGACAUCUUCAGAGAUUUUUCACACAUGGCCUCCAACAACCCCGAGAAGCUCAAACGACGCAGUGCCGACCCCAAGACCUAAAGCCAAGUCUGUACCUUAUUCCACAUCGGACCCCCGUCCCAUGCCUCAUAAGCAGCCAUGUGCCAAUGACUGCAGAAAUCAUGCAGUACAUCUUCCUUCCAACCAUUGCCACACCGGGUGAUUUCACACUAUAGGAAGUCCUCGUUAGUUGAAAAGGUAUGCUUUAUUGGUGGGAUCACCUGCUGCGGUUAUUGGUUGGCGCCACUUCAUGGCACACGAUUGCCGAUGUGGGUAUUAGAAUGACACGGCCACUUGAAGACACCCACAUGAAUGCUCAUACAUGGCUACACACAUGAGUGCAUAUGCAGAACGUACUGGUGUACAUGUUAGGACUGUCUACACACGUGCACGCACGCACGCACACACACACACACACUCACAGAUAAUCCCCCUUGGCGGCCUGCCACUGGUUAGCUCAGCUCAGCUGGUGUUGACUUCAGAGGACAGUGAACCCUUUGUGUUGGAAUCCACAGGCGAGAACAAUUGCAGCCAAGUGGAGCAAGUGGGAAGCUUCAGGAGAAACCGGUGUUAACGGGGGCUUAAUAAUGUCUGACAGAGGACGGCACCGCAACUCUGCCCCGAUUUCUUAUUCAAGUCCGUUUUGCCUCUUAUUCGCUCCUCUGCCGGCUCCGCAAACCAAACAGGAACCGUGUCUGAAGGUUUUUUUUUUUUUUGAUAGAAAUGAGUUGGAUGCAAACUGCCACUUUAGUUGUUUCCUGUUAAAUGUUGGCAUACUUUCUUUUUUCUUUGAUUACGGUUUUUGCAUAUUGUUAAUGGUGGGUUUUCUGAGCCAUGAGAGGUACUGAUAGCUCAUGAACAAA